AUGGUGGCGCCCCAAAACCCCAACUCCGAACCAGUCAGAAUGGAGAACCACGGAGCUAAAUGAGAUAUGCAGGUCAUUAUCCUCACAUCCCUUCCCGCUGACCAGCAUCUGCGCCAAAGACAGGUAGUGAUCAACACCCCAGGGGACUAAAAGGUUUAAGUCCCUUAAACCAACAUCUCCCGCCCGAGGCCCGGCCUCCUGGACGGUGCUCAGCAGCACAACUCGUCCACCGCAGGGAUGGCGAGGGCCGACGCCUCUUCCCCGCUCUCCCUUCCGUAGCUUGGUCACCAGGAUGCGGGUGUCGGAGCCGGACAGGGAGCGGGUUGCGGCGAAUGGUCUCCAGUCCCCUUGGCCCUGGCGACGCACGCGAGGUCCGGAGGACUCGAGGGAGCGGACGCCUCCUGGGACGGCGGGCGUGGCGAGGACAGGCCGGUCAACCGACGCGGGCGGAGGCGGCGGGAUUGGCGGUGGCGGCCGCCUGUCACCGCGGCGCAGUGACUACAGCCGGUCCAGACGCCCACCCGUGACCCGCGGCCCUCCGCCCGCCUGCGCGCCCCCAGCUCCGACAGGCGGCGUCCGCGGCUGAGGGGCCGCGCGGGGCUGUGGCGCGGGGACACUGGACGCGAACGUUCGCGCGUUCCGAAGCCCGCGCUCGGGCUGAGCCGCACGCCUGGCGGGCGGCUCUCGGGCCUCGGGCCCCGCGCGGUGCUGCAGAGCCGAAGCAGCACCGCGCACGCCGUGGGCGCGGAGCCCAGAGUGCGGAGGCCGCCCGCGCCUGCGCCGGGCGCCGAGUGGGCGCGUAGAUCGGCGGCGUGCGCAGAUCGACCGCCCCGACCGCAGAUGCAAGCCUGCCGAGGGCCGGGGUCGCGCAGAGCUUGAGGGCUCGCAGUUUGCCCGGGAGCGCCGACUGUCCUCCUCCGCGCAGCUCGGCCUGGGCUUGGGCAGCCUGAGAGCUGCAGUCCCCCCGCGCCGACUACUAAGGUAGAGAAGGGCCGCAGGUGGCACGCCUGCGGGCCGGGCUGUCGCCACCUGGCUGGUUCGGGAUGCCUUGUAGCAGCAGAGGUCGGGGUUAGUUCAAAGAGAAUCCCCUGCUUCAAAACGUCUGCCUCUGAAGACACCAUCAAAAGCCUGCAGGGCGGCGCGGGGCACACGGCUGACCGCAGUCCCAGCGACUCCCGAGGAGGAGGCGGGAGGAUCGCAAGUUCGAGGCCAGCCUCAGCAACGCGACUUAAUGAGAGCCUGUCAACAAACAAACAAAACACCUUGUGGGGAAGGCCUCUUGUUAGGGAAAGCAUGGUUGGCUAGUGUUCAAAAUCCAUUCCACAUCCGCUCACGGGCAAAAGUAUUGGUUGUUGAAUGGAAGAGAAAAGACGAUGAUAGUGAAUUUUCACUACUACGUAAGUUAAUUUUUGUUUUUUUCUAGGGUUUCUGUCACUCGUGACCACAAUGAAAAACGUAGACAGCCAUGAUCUGGUAACUGGCACACUUCCCAGAAUCAAGAGCUCGAAAGAAUGGUUGCAACCACAGCGUCUUGCCUUCAUGGAGGCCUACGCUAAAGAAGAUACUGAUGCAGCUAUUCAAUCUAUAUUAUGUAGAGAAAAGUAUAUAAUUAAGGAACUCGAUAAGUAUUUACAACAUCACGACUUCUUAAAUACAAGAAGAAAAGAGAUGUUAUAUAAAAGAUGGGUUGAUCAUGUGGCAGAUCCUCUCCAGGAGAAAAUUAUAGACAAAGUUUGUUCACAUAAGAAGAUUAAAAAAAGGAGACAAGAGGAAUUAGAUAGUUUUUUAAAAUAUGUAAAUAAAAAGGGAAAUGCAUUUAUAGAACAUUAUGAUCCAAAAGAAUAUGAUCCUUUUUAUAUGAGCAAAGAAGACCCUAAUUUCCUGAAGGUUAUCAUCCCACCAUUUCGUGACCCUUUGAAGAAAGCGCAGUAUGACAAGGAUGAUGAAAGAAGAACUCUUCUUCAGUGUGAGACUGGCAGAAUAUAUACAAUGAAAGAAUUUAAAGAGAUUGAGAAGAUCCAGUCCAGAUUCCCAAGAAUUUCUAAUUCAAGGCACUUUAUGACUCCAAAUGAGUGGCUUAAACUGCCUACAAGAUACAUAGAAAGUGAAUUUUGUAAAAGGAGCAGGUUAAAAGUGAAAGUGAAUUUUAAUGAUAGCAGUCUUGAUUUGAAACCCUUGGCAAGAGCACUUCAUCUUACAGCAUGCCAAGAAGAAGAAAAAUCAGCUACUUACAAAAACAAAGGGCCAUCCUUUCUGGAAAAAGAACCUCUCUGUUAUCAGGAGGGGAAGAACCCAAGUCUUAAAGAGGCCAACUCUAAAGAACAUUUUCCUUCCUUAAACUCAACCAGGAGGUAGAAGGGGGUGAAGACCAGGAUGGGCAAGAGCCGGGGCAGCAACUGCAGACACCACAAUCUGAGCAGCCGGGAACUUCUAGGUGUGGCCGGCUUCCAAGAGGAGAGGAGGCCGUGGACCACCCCCUCCAAUAGGGAGUAGGAUAGAAGAAGCCAAGAGGCAGGCGCCCUGUAUUCAGAAGGAAUAGAGAGCUGCUCCCUACACCCCUGCAACUUGGCAGAGCGACACAUGGAGGCGCCCUCUGCUGGGGGCCUGUGCUGUGCUGAUUUCCCUGGCUCCCUCUCCUGAGGUUUCACCUAUUUUCCUACCAGUCUCUACCAUUUGCCACUUAUACCCAGGCCAGGCCAAAGUUUUAUUCCCUUAAUUCAAUCAAGACAGAAAAUUUUCAAAGGACCAAUACUAAAUUAAAGUAGUAAAAUUUAAAAAGUAAAAGUAAAAGCCCCCAAAUGUAAAAUGUAUAGAAAUAUAGGUGUUCACAGAGGAGAGUUCUCCUAGGGCAGCCACAGUGAAGCUGAGGGACCUUGCCCAUAUGCUUCCAGGACUGGGUGGAUUGGCUCCUCCUCAGUUCUCUUCUCCACCAGCUGUCCCAACACUCUGGAGACAGCCUCUUUUCGGGGUGGCUUUAGGGAAGUCCAACGCUGCCUCCCUUUCCCCUCCCAGUUAGAAAUCAAUAGUGCGUAUGCAGUCAAAGGAGGUCAAGGUGCAACUUCCUUCGGUUGUCCUGAAUUAUUCAUCUGACACCAGCCAAUAUCUGCCAUGCUGCCCAAGUUCAGCCCCAGCAAGAUCAAAUUUGAUUCCUGAGGUGCGCUGAGUGGGAGGUCAGAACUACAUCUGCCCUGACCCCCGAGAUCAGCCCCUGGGUCUAUCUUCAAAAAGUUUGGUGACAACAUUGCCAAGCUAGCUGGUGACUGAAGGGCCUGGGAAUCACAGUGAACUGUUCAGACAGGCUCUGAUUGAAGCUGUGCCUUCUGACUCUGCCCUGAUCAUCAGAGCCCUCAAGGAGCCAUCGAGAGACAGAAAGAAACAAAAAGAUAUUAAACACAGUCGUUAUAUCACUUUUGAUGACAUUAUCAAUGUUGCCCAACAGACGUGGCCCUGACCUUUAGCCAGAGAACUUUCUGGACUCCUUCAAGAGGUCCUGGGGACCGGCCAGACGGUUGCAAUGUUGAUGGCCACCACCCUGAUGACAUCAUAGGUGACACCGACAGCAGUAUGCCCAGCUAGUUAAGAAGUACAAAAGAAAAUAUUCAAUAAAGGACCACCUGCAGGAAGAAAAGGGAAAGGAAGAGAAAGCGAAGGACCUGUGUUUCCAGUGUGCCAUCUGUCCGCCUGACUUCCUUCCUGUCUGUCCAUGUCCCUGCUCCCUAAAGGAUUUUUUUACUCACUCAUGAAAAUUUACUAAAACUCUAUUUUGUGUUUUAGCUCCUUGUGCUGUCAUGUUUUAGUGUCCUCCCACGUGUGUGCUUGCUUCCUCAAAGUUUUAACAUGCACCUGGACCUCCUCUGAGCCGGGGAGACCCGAUAACCAAACGACUAGACGGGGGUCAUCGUGCAAGUGAGGCAAAUCAAACAGGCCAAGGGGGCAUCGGGUGGGGAUGGGCAAGGGGACUGUGUGGGGUGGAGAAGUCGGGGAAGGCUUCUCUGAAGAGAGGACGGGUGUGUAGCAGCCUGAGGGAGUGAGGCGGGCCCUGGAGAGACCCCGGGGGAGUCCAGACACAUGGAUUGGCACAGGUGCCACCUGAGAUGAGGUUGGCACGUUCAGGAAUCAGCCAAAUAAGGCCAGCAGAGCUGCAGCACAGUGAACGAGGAGGGAAAGGCAGGAGGUGAGACUGGGGGAGGUGGGUGCCGGGGUGGCAGGGUCACAGGCCAUGACAGGGAGCUGGCAUGAAAGACACAGUGGACGGGAAGCCUUUCCAAGGUUUUGAGUAGUAGAAACAUGAUCUAAAUAACCCUGUACGCAGAAGAGUAAGGCUGCCAUACAACCAGUUAUGUAGGAGCAGGGGCAAGAGAGCCGUUCGGAGGCCAGGGACUAGGCAGAGGAGCCUGGUGGCCGGAGCCCGGGCGCGGGAGGUGAACACGCUGGCAGAGCUGCUUCCUGUCUGACGUGGUGAGUGAGGGAGCAAGUCAAAACGCCCCACUCCUAGAGUUUUGUCCUGAGGGCCGGGUGGAUUAUGGACCCACUCCUUGAUCUAGAGAAGUCGGAGUGAAACAGAAGUGCAGAAGUAAGGAGCUCUGUGGGGCUCAGUUCAAGGUACCAGCCACCGUGACAAACCAGAAGGAGUGUUUGCUGCGUGUAAUUACAAAGCAACUCCGUUUUCCCCUCACCAGCCAUUUAAACAUGUUCUGUUCGGGGGAGUUUCCGCCUGACCUAGGCUUUUGCAGAAGGUAAAGUCUUCUGGCUACAGAGACAGUCUCCGUUCAGUAGUUAACGAGGCCAAUCUGGUCUAAUGACAACAACGUUGAUCUUCAUUUCUCUUCAGUUCUCCUCUCCUGGCCUGGAGUGCUGAGGCUGGAAAGGAGAGUGGGGUAGAUGUCUCCUCUCUCUCCCGUCCUCCUCUUUAUUUCUUAUCUCUGUGUCAUGCCACUGUGACUCCAAUCUCUUCAAAGUCUCAGUGGGAGGGAGGAGAGAGGUAGUGUGGCAGGAAGCCUCUUACUCCAAAUGUUUUUUGUUGUUGUUGUUGUUGUUGUUUUGGUACUGGGAAUUGAACCCAGGGGUGCUUCACCAAUGAGCCGCAUCCCCAGCCCUUUUUAAAAAAAAUAUUUUAUUUAGAGACAGGAUCUUGCUAAGAUGGUUAGGGCCUCAACAGGUUGCUGAGGCUGACUUUUAACUGAGAUCUUCCUGCCUCAGCCUCCCAAGUUGCUGGCUUACAGGUGUGUGACACUGCACCCGGCUCCUCUUACCUCUGAUGUCAUGAUGACCUAGGUUAGUGCAAAGCAUCCCCUAGGGCACUUCCUUUAAAAAAAAAUAAAUAAAUAAAUUUUUUUUUUAGUUGUAGAUGGAUACAGUACCUUUAUUUAUUUAUUUUUAUGUGGGGCUGAGGAUCGAACCCAGUGCCUCACACGUGCUAGGCAAGUGCUCUACCACUGAGCCCCAGCCCCAGCCUCUGACCUCUUAACACUCCUGGUGUGCAUGAGUGGAUAAACAUCACACAAAACAGUUUCACCUCUUCUGUGCAAAUCCUGAGGAGUGAUCUCCACACCUCACUUUAGAACAUAGCACCUACUGUCUAAGAGAUACAGAGGUUAAAUCAGGAGCAUGUCAGGGCCUUGUGAUCCCGGAGGGGCCAUGCAGUGGGCAGGAGCACGGGAGGAGAGCCUCGGGUGAGAUGUGACUUGGAGUCAUCCUCACCGACAUGCUGUUUGAAAUGAGGAGAUCACAUGCGAGUGAGGGCCAGGAGGGGAGGCAGGGAGGACUAGUCUGGAGGAACUUUAAGAUUUAGAGGCACAAGGGGGCAGAGCCAGUGGAAGGUGAAAGGAGCAAGUGGCUAGCAAGGGAGGAAGAGAAGGAGGAGAGUGUGGUAUUGCAGAGGCCCAGGAUAGAAAGGGUUUCACAAAGAGAGGGCGCGAUCAGCCAUGUCACGAUGCUGCCAAGGGGCAAGUGAAGGAGGACUGAGGAGUAUCCUCCGUGUUCAGCAAGACUUAGAGGCGGCUGGUGGUUCUCAUCACAGAGGUUACUGUGGAGCCGUUGGAAUCAGAGUUUGACUAGCGCGGGUUCAGGAGAGGAUGGGUGAGCUAGUGAAGGCAGUGAAUGUAAGCAAACCUUCGGUGGGAUUUUUCUGUAAAGGGAGUGGAGAGAUGGGUAGGGAUGAGGAAUGCAGCUACCAUAACUGUAGAUUCCUGAUGGAAAGGCGCCAAGGGGAUAGCAAACUGAUGAUGCUGGAGAGAGGGGGCCCGAGGGCACGAGCAGAUGAGGAGGGGGAUCCAUGAGGGAACCCAGGGAACAGCGAUUUCCUUGGGUGGAGGUGAAGCCAGAAUUAAGGACAGGAAGUUAGUGUAGAAAUAGGGGAUUGGGUCAAAUCGAGGAAAUGAAGCCAUGAAGCCAUCUGCCUCUGGAAGUUGGAGACUGCCGCUGGAAGAAU